GCGCAGCGCCCAAGAACCUAGAGGACACCGAAAAAGGACCGUGGCUAGCUUGGGCCCAGAGGCUUAAGGGAAAAGAGAGCCAGAAAAUCCUAGGAGGCUGGGAGUCCGGCGGUUUCAAGCGCUCCCCGCAGGCAAACGCCCAGCGCGGAAAAGACCUGUACUUGGAGACUUCUGGGAAAUGUAGUCCACAGCAGGUACAUCCCCGGAAACUGGGACCUUCAGAAUGUCCCAGCAUGCAACUCGGCCCUCCUAUCAAAGACGCAUUACCUAAGCCUACCCUGACUUUGCUAGAGGAAGAAGCUCCCUUCCUGGGCGAACGCGUAUCUGCUCACGUGUCUUUGGUGUGGCCGAGGGGAAAUUAAAAGGUUCUCAGCGAAGGCAGAGGAACGCAUCGUGGAGUACAGAGCUGGAAAAGAUGAAAAUGGGGGGUGACCAGGGACGUAGGCCUGGGGCGGGGGGACUGGGGGCAACACCCCAAGUGAAGUACGUGGGAAUGACCCUGGGCGGAGCUCCGAGUUUACCUGGUGUCCCAAGCUCUGCAAUGCUACAGCUUUCAACACAUCUACUUCGGGCCCUUUGACCUCAGUAACAUGAAAUUCCCCAACGUCUCCUGUCUCCACGGAUGCUCUGAGUCUGUCUUGUCCCUGGACACAGGGUACCGUGCCUCCGUGACCAUGGUACAGAAGGGCUGCUGGACAGGCCCGUCAACCGGCCAGAUGCAGUCGAACCGCAACGCGCUGCCGCCCGACUACUCGGUGUUGCGCCGCUGCAGCACCGACUUGUGCAACGCCAAUCUCAUGAGCCAUGACGCCCUCCCAAACCUGAGCCCAGCGCCUGACCCACCGACGCUCAGCGGCAUUGAGUGCUACGCCUGCGUGGGGAUCCACCCGGAGGACUGCUCCCCGGAGAAGUCCCGGCGGGUCCAUUGUCACCAAGACCAAAGCGUCUGCUUCCAGGGCAAUGGCCAAAUGACCGUCGGCAAUUUCUCAGUCCCUGUGUACAUCAGAACCUGCCACCGGCCCUCCUGCACCAUCAUGGGCACCACCAGCCCCUGGACAAACAUCGAGCUCCAGGGCUCCUGCUGUAAUGGGCACUUUUGCAACAAGGACUCCGUGACACAGCCCUUCACCAUCGCAUCAGCCUCCACCCCUCCCCAAGCACCCCAUGUCGUGGCCCUGCUCCUCAUGGUUCCCCUGCUGGUUGGCAUUCUGGGAGGACCUCUCGGGCUCUCCCCACAGAGAGCUCCACCAGCAUCUUUAUAAGCAGGACGGUGGGGCAGGGCAUGCACACGCCCUCUCACUGCUUCAGCCCUUGUAAUGUGGAAAAUGAUGUCAAGCAAGAGUUACACUUCUCUCCCUCUCUCUCCCUCUUUCCCUCCCCCUCCCUCUCCCU